CCGCAAUGAAUAACACAUUCAUUUGAAUAACACACCUUGCCAAUUAAAUACUGAACUGUUUAUAAUUGAAUAUAAUAUCUAAAAGAAAAUUAUGAUACAUGAAAGCAAAAGGGCCUACAGUUAUGGGCAUGGAUGCCGUAUCGCAGGUGUUGUCAUGGUUGGUGUAUCCAUGGGAAUGGCAAUAAGAAGUGUUUCACAACAAAGCUGGGCCAGAAUUUCUUCAUCCAACUCAACCCACCAAUUGGACACGAGAAUAGGAUUAUUUCAAAUGUGCAACACAGUGAAUGAAACGGACAGAGAAUGUAAAAGUACACUUGACAUGAAUUUACCUCACGCACAUACGGCUGCCAUGGCUAUGAACAUGUGUGGAACAAUCCUUAUGGCCCUUACACUAAUCUUGAACGGUCCAAUUUUCUGUUGCGUUUAUGGGACUAAGAACCCCAGAGUUGCUCGAUACACUACAUUUGCUUUGGCAGCGAUGGCUCUGUUAGCAGGUGUGUUUAUGAUGCUUGGAUUCAGCCUCUUCGGAGCCUUCUUUGAAACCUGGAUUUACACCAACCAAAUACAUGUAACUGAUGCUACAUUCCUUGAUGAAAGUUUCUACCUGAUGACAGUGGCAGCCUUGAUAGGCUUUAUUGGUGCUCUAUGCAUGCGAAUAUCUGCACAAAGUCUGGAGGGGGAAAACACAUGUCCAAUUACAGCCACACCUGCAAAUUAUGCCAACCCCCCACAAGCUAUGACCACAUUUGGAGCGCCACCAGUAACAGGGUACUCUACACAAUCGAUGACAUACCCUACACAAACAACAGGGCAUCCCGGACAACCAACAGCAUACUCUGUACCAGUAACACAAUACCCUGGUCAAUCUAAUCAAGCAUAUAGCAAAUAGCCCAAAUAGAAAUAGAACCAUUAAUAAGUUCUGCCUGAUGUUGACAGUGAAGAAAAAUAUAAAUUGGUGUCAGGCUGAAUUUUGAAUUGUUGUAACAAGAAAAUAUCCUGUUAAACAAAAUUAUUGCCAACAUUUUUCAAUUCAAGUGAUUUUCAUGUCAUAAAUAAUGGCAAAUCUCUUGGAUGUUUUUGAAAAUGUGAUAUGGUAUGCUUGAGUAUUAAGGUUGCAAUGAAAUUGUAUUAUUAUUCGCCAAUUUAAUAUGUUCCCCAAAAUAUGUAUGAUUACAGUGACUACAUUUAAUACACAAGGCAUUAACGUGCAAA